GAUAUAAAAAAGGAUGUAAGGGGUAACUUUUUCACUCAGAGGAUGGUACGUGUAUGGAAUGAGGUGUCAGAGGAAGUGGUGGAGGCUGAUACAAUGACAACAUUUAAAAGCCAUCUGGAUGGAUAUAUGAAUAGGAAGGGUUUGGAGGGAUAUGGGCCAAGUGCUGGAAGAUGGGAUUAGACUAGUUUAGGAUAUCUGGUCAGCAUGGACGAGUUGGACCAAAGGGUCUGUUUCUGUGCGGUACAUCUCGAAGACUCUAUGGGAUCUGAAAGAACACCAUGAUGGGUGGUGUAAAGGAAGGGAGUGGCCGGCAGGAAUGUACUGAUCGGAUGGGGAGAAAUGGGGGAACGGAACCAAGGUGAUUGGAUGAGCUCCCAAUGUUUAGCUGAUCCAUGGAUAUCAAGGGACCGAAGGCAAUCGUAUUCAUUAAUGUGGUGCUCCUCCUGACAGCUGGCUAUGCUUUGAAUGUCAAUCUGCGAGAUGCUGUGAUUUAUGGGAUCAGUGGGCAGCCCAUUCACCUUCAGGCGAGCUACCACGUGGGGCCCUCGAACAGACUGCACAGCAUCAUCUGGAAGGUGGACAACGUGGGUGCUACCCGUAUCCUCCAGUACAUCGUUAGCAUGAACACAACCAUCCCAUCCAGCCCUUACCGCACUCGCAUCCAAUUUGACAGCGAGACCGGCUCCCUCCGCCUCUCCAACUUCACCCCAUUUGACCAGGGCACCUAUCAGAUCACAGUGACCGCAGACGAUGGCGCUGAGGACAAAGCCUCCACUCAGGUGACCAUGUACGAGCACAUUGCAGGGGUCACGGUCACCAUGACCCCCAACGUUACCAACUCCAUGCGGAACAUAACUCUCAGUUGCUCUGUGGAACGUGGCACACGACCGGAAUUCUCCUGGACUAAGGACAGGAAGAACAUCACAGAGACGGAGAGAUUGUCCAUUGGGAAUUCUGGACAGACUCUUGAGCUGUACAUGCUCGGUGCGGAGGACUGUGGGACCUACACCUGCCUGGUCACCAAUCAACUGAACAACCAGACGCAAAGUCUGAGCCUAUCAGCAUCUCUGAACUUCCUUCAGUGCAGUACAGACUUGGCUUCUCCGAAGAGACAUCAUUACCUGCUCGCCAUCAUAACCGUGGCCUCUGGCAUCGUCUUGAUGAGCUUGUUGAUAUAUUCCACAAAGGUGGGUAAAAUCGCUCUCCAGAGUACCAGGUCAAAGUAAGCAGCCAGCGAUGGGCCGAAUGGUUGAACCCAGCACCUCAUCGCAAGCAAUGCUCUACCUCCCCCAGAUAUUGGCCAUCGCGGUUUGAAAAUGUCACUGACCAGGACAGGAUCCCUGACCAUCUUUUGAACCACCCAGUCUCAUCAGUUCAACCCUUUCCUUUGUGAACAUUAUCGCCAGCAAGAAGGCACCGUGAAGCCGCGAGAGAGCUACCUAUCCUGACAGCGGUUGAAGGAUCGUCAUGUCCCAGGCGGACAGUGAGACCCUUCAUGGCCUGAUCAGCUGGAGCAGGAACUGAACCCACGGUGCGGCGGCUAUCUCAAUGCUUGAACAUUCUGGCCCACCCAGCGUGCUGAGCUAACCGACCCUGACUAAUGCUGCAAUCCUUAAUGUCCCACACUUCACUUCUAUUUAAACUCAAGCCUCUCGCUGGUUCCUUCAGGGGAUGUGGGUGUUGCUGGUUAGAUCCAGCAUUUAUUGCCCAUCUCAGAUUGUCCAGGAGGGGGCAGUUCAGAGUCAACCGCAUCACUGUAGGUCUGGAGUCACGUGUUGGCUCAGACCAGGUAGGGCUGGCAGUUCCCUUCUCUCUAGAACAUUCGUGAACCAAAUGGGAUUGACCGGCGAUGGAUUUGUGAUCCUCAUUCAAUUUUUAUUUACAGACAUUUAUUUACUGUAGCAGAAUUCGAACCCAGCCCCCACAGCGUUACCUGGGUCUCAGGAUUAAUAGUCCCACAAUAAUACCACUGGUCCGUCGCCUCUCCUCAUCCAUCCCCAACUGACGCUGAAUCCCUUCCGUUCCUGGACAUCUUCCCUCUUUGCCUCCCUUUUCCACAACCGCACUGAUACCUCUUCCUGUCCGGAAACUGUCGAAUUCACAAACUCAGCCGUCUCUCCAAGUGGAGGAUAACAGCGCCAUUCUCUCCCUGCCCGGAAAACUCGGUAUUCCGAGCCCGGCGCCUCCGCCAGAAACACGGGCAGGAAUUCUCCGGUCAGGAUCGACUCGUUAGGAGCCGGAGAUGGAGCCGUUGACGCCUGGCUGUGACCGCGGGGACAGGGUGUGUCCCCCCCAGCGCACCGAAAUCUGGCUGAACUGCGGAGCGUUUAUCCAUCCUUCCCGAGCUUAGUGAAGCGGAACGGGGCACCUGGCGAGGGAUUUUGGGAAGGGGAGCCGGCCGAGGAGAGCCGGAGAGUUACCCCAAUCGGGAAUUCGACAGCCCUGCGGUGAGAGGGAGGGCUGACGAGAGAGAGAGGGUGGGGAGAGGGGGGUUUGCCAACACUUUAGCAUUGGGGAUGGACAGCACUUACUGAAUAAUCCCAAGAGCACCCUUUGCUACAAUAAUCCCCGAUUCGGGCUAAAUGCUGGUGAUCCCAAGUGAUACUGGGCUGGCCAGCGGGCAAACUGACUCAGACUGGCACUGCGGGUAUAUAGAGGUGUCACAUGCCUACGCUUUGCAAUAGCCCAGAACGAGAGUUGUUCUGAAGGAGUGGACAGGAGUUGUAGAAUAAUUCUGCCCGUGCCGAUGCAGACUGUAACCAUCAAUAAAUCAGAAAGCCCAUAACAUGCCUCAUCGCUGGAAGCACGCUAUGUUUACAAGGACGGAAUUUUUCACGUCAAUUCAAAUGAAUGUACUGAAUUCCCGCAGUGUUUUCACAAAUAAGUGGGCACUUUUGGGAGGUUGGGCGGAGUCUAUUGUUACCCUCAAGACAAGAUUUUAGCCGAGCCAGAAACCAGUCUGUGUAAAUUAGCCAGUGCUUGGAAAUUGGGCACUCUUAUAUGUGUCCUGAAGGUGGUGCUUGAGUUUACGAAAGGUGGGAAACGGGCUACCAGAGGAUGCGUUUCCAUCACAGCGAUGAAGUUUCCAUCACAUACAGACAGGGGGGUUACGAAGGGGUCUCACACCCUCCCCUUCAUUGCUCAGCCCUUUGAGUGUAGGAGUUGGGAACGUCAUGUUGGGGUUGUACAGGACAUGGGGAGGUCCCUUCUGGAAUACUGUUAUAGGAAGGAUAUUAUUAAACUGGGGAGGGUUCCGGAGAGAUUUCCCAGGAUGUUGCCGGGAGUGGGAGGGCUGGAGUUAUAACGAAAGGCUGAACAGGCUGGGGCUGUUUUCCCCGGAGCGUUGGAGGCUG